GGGCUGGGCCGCCUGGGGCGCGGAGGGCGGUGCCCAGGCCGCAGAGGUGGUGGCUCCUCAGGUAAGCGGCCGGUUGUUGCGCACUUCGAGGCCAGGCACCCUUCGGGGUCUCCUUUUCUGCUGGCAGCGUGAGAAGCAGAGUCCGGGGCGCCUCCCUAAGAUGCUUUCCAGAAAGAAAAUGGCAAUACUGUGCUGAUGCCGCCAUCCUCAAGCCAGAGCUCUGCCUGCCUUCCGUCCUCCCUGGUUCCUGGGAGCUUCUGGUGGGGGAGGAAACCGUCCAUGUCCUCACUAGGCAGGUGGAAACUGAGACCACAGAAAUGACCAGACCCUACGUGAAGAAGCUGUCUUUCACCCUGCUGGAUGUCAUCACUGACAAGGACUCUGCGGUGCAGGAGCAGGUCUGCAGCGCUCUAUGCUCCCUUGGAGAAGCGCAGCCAGGGGAGACACUCCGUGCCUGUGAGGAGUACCUACGGCAGCAUGACAAGUUGGCUCAUCCAUAUCGUGUGAAGGUCCUGAGGGCUAUGGAGACAGUUCUGAGCAGUCAUAUCCACGAGCUGGACAAGGACACGGCUAGCAUAGUCAUCCUCCUGGCCUCCAGUGAGAUGACUAGGACCAAGGAGCUGGACUGUGACUGGCAGCGGGCAGCAAGCAGUGUACUAGUGGCCGUGGGGAAGCGAUUCAUCAACCAGGUGAUGGAGGUGGUGCUCAGCAAAUUCCAGCCCGGGGUUCUGCCUCAUUCCUCCGUGCUGCACACACUUGCCAGCCUUUCUUUGUCCAAUGCAUUUGGCAUGGUCCCCUUCCUGCCAUCUGUCCUGAGUACCAUGCUACCCAUGCUGGGCAUGGCCAAGCAGGAUGCACUGAGGGUGGUGUUCUGCUGUGCCCUGCAGCACUUCAGUGAGAGCACCUUGGAGUACCUGGCCAACCUGGACCAAGCCCCAGACCCCACAGUCAGGAAGGACACCUUUGCUACUGACAUCUUUGGUGCCUACGACAUUCUUCUCCACCACUGGCUGCAGAGCAGAGAUGCCAAGCUCCGGCUUGCAGUGGUAGCUGCUUUGGGUCCCAUGAGUCACCUGCUUCCCAACGAGAAGUUGGAGGAACAGCUCCCCAGGCUCCUCCCUGGAGUACUUGUCCUCUACAAGAAGCAUGUGGAAACCUUCCAGAUAUCCAAGAGCCUGGGUCAGAUCCUUGAGGCAGCUGUGAGUGUGAGCAGCCGCACACUGGAGGUUCAACUUGAUGCCCUUCUGGUAGCUCUUCAUACUCAGAUUUGUGUGCCUGUGGAGUCCUCCAGCCCCCUGGUGAUGAGCAGCCAGAAGGAGGUGCUGCGCUGCUUCACGGUGCUGGCCUGCUGCUCUCCUGACCGCCUGCUGGCCUUUUUGCUGCCCAAGCUGGACACCAACAAUGAGAGGCUCCGAGUGGGUACCCUUCAGAUACUGAGACACAUCAUCAACUCAGCUGCUUCUCAAAUGGAAGUUAAGCAACCCUUUAUCCUAUCUUCCAUGAGGCUUCCUCUUCUGGACACCAACAGCAAGGUAAAACGGGCUGUGGUGCAGGUGAUCAGUGCCAUGGCCCACCAUGGCUACCUGGAGCAGCCCGGAGGUGAGGUGAUGAUUGACUACAUCGUACAGCAGUGUGCACUGCCCCCAGAGGAGCCCGAGAAGCCAGGCCCAGAUGGUGAGGACCUAGCAGCAGAUAGUGUGCGGGCAGUCAGCAUCCGCACCCUCUACCUGGUCAGCACCACGGUGGACAGGAUGAGCAAUGUUCUCUGGCCCUACCUGCUCGAGUUCCUCACCCCAGUGCGCUUCACUGCAGCCCUCACCCCACUCUGCAGGAGCCUUGUGCAUUUGGCCCUGAAGAGGCAGGAGGCAGGGGCAGAUGCCUUCCUGGUCCAGUUCAACUCGCAUGCAAACCUCCCGUCUCCCUAUGCUGUGACCACAAGACUGCUGGUUGUGUCUUCCAACCCCUACCUGGGGGAUGGACGUGGGGCAGCUUCACUGCGCCUCCUGAAGGUUCUACAUUGGAACAUCCACCCUUUGCUGGGUCAGCACUGGGAGACAACCGUGCCUGUGCUGCUACAGUACCUGGAUGAGCACACUGAGGAAACCCUGUCACGGAAGGAAUGGCAAGAAAAGCUUCUAGUGUUCCUGCGAGAUACCCUGGCUGUGAUUUCUGACGACACAUGGAUCUGCCAGCUGAGCCUGGAGAUGUGCAAGCAGCUAUCCUCUUACAAUGGAACACCCCAGGAGAAGAACUUCCUGUAUAAAUGCAUAGGAACCACACUAGGCACUGCUUCGAGUAAGGAGGUGGUGAGAAAACACCUUCGAGAGCUGCUGGAGACAGCCAGAUAUCAGGAGGAAGCAGAACGGGAGGGUCUUGCCUGUUGCUUUGGGAUCUGUGCCAUUGCCCACCUUGAGGACACUCUGGCACAGUUGGAGGACUUUGUGAAGUCGGAUGUGUUCAGGAAGUCCAUUGGCAUCUUCAGUAUUUUUAAGGAUCGAAGUGAGCAUGAGGUGGAAAGGAUGAAAAGUGCUCUGAUCCUGUGCUAUGGACACGUGGCUGCACAGGCCCCCCAUGAACUCCUGCUGGCCAAAGUGGAGUCUGACGUACUUCGCAACAUGUUUCAGUGCUUCAGUACCAAGGUUCUGGGAAUAAAAGUAGAGACCAAGGAUCCAGCCCUGAAGCUGUGCCUUGUCCAAAGCCUGUGCAUGGUCAGCCAGGCCGUCUGUAGUAGCAUACAGGCCAGCUCUUUCCACUUCUCCAGGAAAGCGGAGCUGGUGGCACAGAUGGUGGAAUUCAUCAAUGCAGAACCCCCAGACUGCCUGAAAACGCCCAUUCGGAAGAAAGCCAUGCUUGCCUGCACAUACCUGAUCAACUUGGAGCCUGCAUUGGAGGAGCAGACACAGGCAGAUGUGAUACACAGCUGCUUACAUAGUGUCAUGGCCUUGCCACCUGAGCCGGAAGGGGAAGAUGGUGCCUGCCAGGAGCCCCUGUAUCUGGACACGGCGCGUGCCCUUGAAGAUUUGCUGACGAGUCUGCUGCGGCGGAACAUGACCCCCCAGGGUCUGCAAGUUAUAGUUGAGCAUCUGAGCCCGUGGAUCAAGUCCUCAAGGGGCCACGAGCGGGCACGGGCACUUGGCCUGGGUGCCUGUCUACUGAAAUUCUUCCUGGAACAUUUGCAUGUCAGUGCUCUGGUGCCAUUUCACAACCUGGGUCUCCUCAUUGGCCUCUUCUCCCCACGGUGUGCUGAUACAUGGCCUACUAGCCGCCAGGAGGCUGUCAUUUGUGUCUACUCCCUGCUCUACUUACAGCUGGGCUAUGAGGGCUUUUCCCGAAAUCAUCGUGAUGAUGUGGCUGAUCGGCUCCUCACCCUGAAAGAUGACCUCGUGCACCCUGACCCCACCAUUCUUUUCCACACCUGCCACAGCAUAGCCCAGGUUAUCGCCAAGCGCCUCCCACCAGACCAGCUCAUCAGUCUCUUGCUGACCAUGUUUGAAGGCCUGGCAGACCCAGACAAAAAUUGUUCCCGGGCAGCCACAGUCAUGAUCAACUGCCUGCUGAAGGAACGGGGCAGCGUGCUGCUGGAGAAGGUACCUGAGAUUGUGAGUGUGUUGCGAGCCAAGCUGCGGGAAACCCAGGAGGAAUAUGUCCUACCAGCAGCUCAGCACAGCAUAUACCUCCUAGCAUCCCAGCACUGCGAAGCUGUGGUGUCCAGUCUCCUGAGCAGUCCCCUGCCCUUUGACAGUCACACUCAUGCCCUGUGGCGAGCACUGGCUGUGGAGCCCAGCAUGACCACUCAGGUCUUGGGACUGCUCCUGGAGAAGAUUAACAGCGAUGUCCCAUUCAAGGAGAACCGGUCCUUCUUGCUGGGUAGCGCUCCUGACCGUGUGGCUACACUGCUUCCUCUCGCAGCCACCUAUGCACUGUAUGAGGUCCUGUCUGCUCCAGCAUCGGGAACUGUGGUGCUUGAGCUCUACCACCAGCUGUUUGUUGCACUCUUGCUUCGAGUGAGCUGUACUGUGGGUGUCCAAUUGCCCCGGAACUUACAGAGCAAGGAGCGGAAGAGCACCAGCCUGCCCUUGGCAACCAGAAACCUUGAGCCCUGCAGCUCUGCGGUGGAUGCCCUUCAGGCCUUGCUGCUCCGAGGUGGCACUCAAGAUGUGGUGCGGUGUGUGGAGCUCGAGGGAGGCUGGGAGUUGCUUAGGACCUCAGCAGGACACGAGGAUGGAGUUGCUCAGCUGGCCAGUGCCAUGGCAAAGUGUGCAGGCCCUCGGCUCCCCCUGGUGAUGAAGGCACUCGUGUGCACACACAGCGUGUAUGAGACCCAGAGGGUAACCUCUACAGCUUUCCUGGCUGAGUUGCUCAGCAAUAAUGUGGUCAAUGACCUGAUGCUCCUGGAGCCACUGCUGGACAGCCUUGCAGCCCGACAGAAGGACUCAAGUGCCAGUGUACGGCGUCUGGUGCUCCGUGGUUUGGCCAAUAUUGCUUCUGGCUCACCUGACAAGGUACGGGCUCAUGGCCCCCAGCUCCUGACAGCCAUGAUUGGUGGGCUGGAUGACGGGGAUGACCCACACGGCCUGGUGGCCUUAGAAGCCAUGGUGGGUCUUGCACGACUGCAAGACCUAGUGGAGCCCUGGGACCUGCGCUUGGUGCUGCUUCACACGACUAUCCGCAUCCGGCCCUUCUUUGACAGCGAGAAAGUGGAGUUCAGGACAGCAUCCAUCCGCCUUUUUGGACACCUCAACAAGACCUGCCAUGGUAACUGUGAGGACGUCUUCUUGGAGCAGGUUGUGGGUGGGCUGGUGCCUCUCCUACUGCACCUGCAGGACCCUCAGGCCUCCGUGGCCAGUGCCUGCAGGUUUGCCCUGUGCAUGUGUGUUCCCCACCUGGAGUGUGCAGAGCUAGCGGCUGCCUUCUACAAGUACCUGCAGGAGGGACGCAGUGUGCACUUUGGGGAAUUCCUCAAUUCCACAUGCAAGCACCUGAUGCACCACUUCCCUGACCUGCUGGGCCGUCUGGUGAGCACCACCUUGUUUUACUUCAAGAGUAGCUGGGAUGAUGUUCGAGCCGCUGCCCCCAUGUUCACAGGGUUCCUGUUGCUGCACGCAGAGACCAAGCAGAGGCCACAGGUGGACCUGGAACAGCUCAUUGCAGCCCUGCAGCUACUCCUGAAGGACCCAGUGCCUGGGGUGAGGGAAAAGGCUGCUGAGACACUGGGCCGUCUGGUGAAGUUUGCCUGAGGCUGGCUGCACUCCCAGAAGCGAUAUACCAGCCCGUCCUGCCUGGAAGAACCUCUGCUGCCAGAUAGGGCCAAGACUGUGUGCCACAAUCUAUUGCCUAAUAAAGCCAUACACCCCUCAGUA